CCUUUUCCGCAUGUAAUUCAACAUGGCGCGUGUUCGGACAAAGACUGUGAAAAAGGCUGCCCGUGUAAUUAUUGAGAAGUACUACACAAAACUGACUCUGGACUUUCACACAAACAAGCGAGUUUGUGAGGAAAUAGCCAUUAUUCCCAGUAAGAAGUUGAGAAACAAGGUUGCUGGGUUUGUGACCCAUUUGAUGAAGAGGAUUCAGCGUGGCCCAGUGCGCGGUAUCUCCAUCAAGCUGCAGGAGGAGGAGCGAGAACGAAGAGACAACUACGUCCCAGAGGUGUCUGCUAUUGACAUGGAUAUCAUUGAAGUGGAUCCAGACACAAAGGAGAUGUUGAAGUCUUUGGACUUUGCCAAUAUCUCCAAUCUUCAAGUGACUCAGCCGAUUGCUACAGUGAGCAGUUUCCGGGGUCCACGGACAUGAAUGUGAACAUUGGGACAGUAUAAAAACUAUAAUUAAAAAAAAAUAUAAAAAACUAAAA